ACGAUUCCUCAUUUUAAACCUUCAAAAAUGCUAAGCAUAAUGUAUUUUCUUCGGAGCUUCUUCAAGACACCAGAACCCAUUGAACAGUAUACCAGCGAAGGAGAGGUUGCAAAUCAGCACCCUGGUACUCCUGGAGACCUUGAGAAACACAGUUCAAGCCAAGAAACAGAUGAGGAUUAUUUUGAAACUCAGUCUCAUCAAAGUGAAUGUAUUUCGGAUGUAAAGACGGAGUUCUUUGAAAGUGCUUCCGAUACUGAGUCCCUGGCCAGUGAUGUCACUGGGCAAACCUGCUUGAAUUUGGUCUCUCUUUCCUCUCCAAGAGAGGAAGCAUGCCAGCUAUCCCUUGACAUCCAGCCAGACAAUUCUGUUCGAGAACUUCAUUCUUCCGUUAAGCCAAGCUCCGGUGUGAAAGAACGCUUGGAAACAUUUCCUGUUUUAAAGGAAACUUUCUGCGGGAGUGAAUGUCUGACAUUUCCUUCAGAAUCUGAAGCAAGGGCAACAAAGACAAAGGAUUCUUUGGUCGGUGGGAUUUCCAACGCAGAUCAGAGCACCAGCAGAGAGGAACCUGCAACAAAGAUAAGACCUCCAGUUGGAGUAACAGAGCUUCAGGCUGCAGAAACCCCAGGGAGCAGCAAAAGCACAGGCUGUAUUUGUUCAGGGGCAAUUGAGGAGGCUUUUGUAAAAAGCAUAAGGGUCUCAAAUUUCACGCUUCUGGGAUCCAAAUCAGAAAGUUGUCUGAGUGUGCCUCUGGAUCAGCCAUUUUCCUCUCAGUGGGAGAAGCCCAGUGAGAGUUUGCCAAACAUCCACCUCGAUACGGACAGCAUUCACGGUAGAAGAAAUAAAGAGGAUUUGGCAUUCCAUCAAAAGUUUAGUUUUGUUUCUACCAUAGAUUGCAUCACCAAAAACUUGAACCGUGAAGGAUAUUCAGUUGCCAAGAUCAGAAAGGAGCCUCCGGAGUUCACAGUUGAGAAAGGUUUACUUGUCCUCCAACCUUGUUUAAAAUCUACUUUUCACUCACCUCCUGGCAUCCUAAGUACUAAGACUUGGCUCAGUAUCCCUGAAAAUAUUGGUAUUCAAGAGACGAGAUUUCCUGAAAACCAGUUUCGGGAUCCACAGCCAUUUAGGAGGUCUUGCCCUGAGUUACACCUCCCCCAGAUACAUUCUGAGUGCCUUUCGAAAAAUCUAGAAAAGUUUGGAAUCAGGUUGCAAAAAGGAAAAAAAGUGGAGGGUGACAGAAGCAUUAAACUAUUACCUUCUAAGACCUGUCCGGAAGCCCCUCCCCACCAGUUUUCCCAUGCACCCAUCUCUAACCAAGGUGGUGAUAUUAACGUAUGCAGUAAAUCAGAGCUUUGUGGCCUUAACUCAGAAAAAGAAGCUGAGGGCUUGACCGUGGAAGACUUCCAGCAGGAAGAAUCACGGAAGCAUGAUUCCAAGCAGAUCAAGAAUCCUGCUGUCCCAGCUUUAGAACCUGCAAGCACAGAUGCUGUCACACAGUUAAAUCACACCAAAUACCCACCCAAACAAGAGUUAGCCACACACAAGUCACUUUGCAGCAUUGACUGGCCCUCCAAAGCAGGUGAUUUUGUUAAUAAGCAAAAUAAUCUUGGAGAUGUUUCUAUCAAGAAGGAACUCAAAAUCCUUAUGGACACAAGAAUUACUGUCCCAAAAGAUAGAAAAUUGAAUAAAUCAAGCACAAAUGAGGGCUUGGUGGGGGAAAAUGGAUUUCUGGGUUGUUCCAGAUUGAGUUUGGGCUUAAAUGUUCCAGAAACAACAUUGAAAUCAAAUAGAAAAGACAUUACAAAAGAACCAGAUGAGUCAGUAAUAGAAACUUUAAGCUGUAAAAACAAUGCCUUAAAGGGGAAUGCAGAACUGACUGCAGCUAACCCAGCUCUUAACAAAGAGGAAAAAGAGACUAACACAGCCCAGUCUAUUUGUCUAGCACCCACAGUGAUUCCGAAGUCUCAAGAAACAGAUUCAAUGAAGUACUCGAAAAUCAAACCAGCUCUGAUCAUUAUAGCUGUGGAACAGAAAGGCUUACAGGCCACAAGAUGCAACACAAAAACUGCUCCUGACAUCGACCACGGGGAGAAAUAUGGAAAAUUCCUAAAGGAACAUUUGAGAUCUCCCCCGAGUGGCGAUACAGAGCUGGUUGGACCUUGGAGAGAUGGGAGAGUUGAGAGUAAUGACAAAAAAUGGGGUCUGCAAGAGACAGCUGUCCUAGUUGACCAGAAUGAAUCUGCAGUCACCAGUGCCAUUCAGAAAAGUUCAAAUAUGGCCCGGCAGUCAGGAGGGGAACAAACUCUGAGUAUUUUUUCAAGCACAAGAGGUAACAGGUGCAUGAAUGCCAAUGAAGAGGCCCAUCCUCACUGUAGGAUUGAGUUAUACUCUGAAAGUAUCUCAGCCCGAGUGGAAGACUCUAUAAGUGAUCUUUGUGAACGGUCAGCCCAUCUUGAGAGCGCAGGAGGCAUGGAAUCCUACACAAUAAACAACCAUUCUGAAGCGUCACCUGAAGAGGUCAUUAACUCCAUGACUGAAGCUAAGUUUCUUGCUAAGGAAGAUGAAGAGUCCAGUGGCUCUCUAAUUCUUCCAAUUGCUUUGGAAACAGACAUCUCUAGUGGCUUGAGUCAGAAAAACAACCUGGCUGAUGUGAUUUGUGGAGAGAACCAACAGAGCCAUCAAAAGAAAGACUUUGAAAAUAGUCUUCUGGAUAAUAACCACCCGAGCACUGGUGAAGGUUCUCCCAAUCCAGAAAUCCAUCUAGGCUUGAUUCUAGAGGAAGCAGAGGAGAGCGAACAUCAUCUGAGCACGCCUGAGAGCUGUUCCAGUUAUCCUCGAAUGGGUGUCUCGGACUCCAAUAUUACGCUUUCUGACAACGUAAGUUCUGGGAGCACAAAUAGUGAAGAAAUGGAUGAUAAUUCAUUUCAGCUUCCUGGUAGCCAUAGUAGCCUCCAUAAAGCAGUGCAAAAACAGACAAAGGCCAGCAAGUCUUCCAAGUUUCUUGUUUUCUCCAAAAUGACUUCCUUCAGGAAGACCAAGCCAACAGCUGCUGAAACUCCAGGAGGCCAAAAUGUGCCUGGCAGCAAGGAAAGGGUGGAAGAGCCAGCUGCCGGAAAGGACAGUGAGGACGUGGGGAGUUUGCCAUCAGUUGAUAAUGGUUCACCUAACUUCGUAAUCCCAAGGAAGGAAAGUUGUACCUCAGAAUAUUCAGAUGAGGAGGAACUCUAUGAGAAAAGUGGUUCAUUUAACAGAGUCAGUCUGCGGAGGGCUUCCGGUGCUGGCAGGAUACCUUUGGAAGACAUAGACACGAGCUGUCUUUCUCCCAAUGACAUGUCUGCUGUAGGAGGAGGUGGAGGCUUAAGUUCAAAAGAAAAUGAUGAUGCUGAAACUCCAGAAGACCUAGCAACCAGGAGGCCGUCCUCGGACAACAACAACGAGUAUAAGAGGAUCAAAAGCCCGGAGAAUAAAAAAUUUAGGACCCGGCUGGCAUUAGCCCAUAAAUCUUUCUCAAGUUUCUUUGAAUCUAAAAUUCUGGAGAAGGAAAACAAUGAACACAGCUCAAAAAGUUCAACAAAGUCUGAGAGGGAGAAAGCCAAACUCCGCCAAAGCUCGUGGAAAGCCUUCCUGAAAAGCAAAGAGAUGGAUAGCCCUAAGCGACCGGCUUUAGUGAGCUUGAUCGCUCCCCAGGAGCUAUUCAACUCCAGCAGAUUCCCCUUGCAGGCUGCCAGUGAUGAAGCCGGGAAUCUGACCAAAGAUGAAGCUGAUGGGCAAGCAAUCCCGAGAUCUGGGAGACCUCCUGAGUCCUCCCCUGAAAGCCGGCGCUCCAUUGGACAUCUUGAGUCUUUCAAAGACUCCAUGUCCCCAGAUCAGAGGAGGAGAAGUGAACCAGCCAUUAAAUGCCUAACAAGUUAUGGAUCCAGUGAGCAGCAGGAAAUGAGGGGCAGUUGCUUUGGUGUUUCUCACGGAGAAUCGUGGCCAAAAUCUCUCAUCAGCCCGAAUGACCAGCAAGCCUUCUUUAAUCAGUCGAUACUAUAUGGAUCACCAACAUUUGAUGGCAAAGACAUGCCCUGCAGGCCCCUGAGUCCCAAGCCGCAGAGCCCAAGGCCCAGCUCGCAAAGAAAAAGUUUCCGCUACCCUGGCAGGGUGAGCGCCAUUUCCAUGAUCUCUCUUGGAAACUACUCCAAUACUGAUAGCAACUUAGAGGCGCCCAAAAGGCCCAAAACCCUCAAACCCAGAGCAAGCCACCUGCUUUCUCUAAACUCCCUGGAUAAUGGAUUGCAGAAGGAGGACUGCUGUCCAUCUCAGACCAACCUGAACACAGCAUCGUCUGUUAGUGAUAUUCCCAAAGAUGAGGACUCUAAUCUGCCAAACCAAACACCACCCGAAAAGAGACCCAGUGACAAACACACUUUCCAUCGCAAGAAGAGGUCCCCUCAGACAGCAACCCCACCGAGGCCAUUCUCCAACAUUGAGAGCAUCUCCUGGACCUGCCCCUUCCUGGGCCCUGAGGGAGCCCUGCCAGAACUACCGCCACCCCCACCGCCUCCACAGACCACGAGGGCCAAGCUGAACUUCAAACGGUCCAGCUUUGAUGACCUGUGGAUGGAGAGGAAUCGGAAAAGAAAACACAAGAAGGAAGCCCAGUCAGAAGUGGGCACGCAAGCGGGGACCCUGCCCAAGGAUCUGGUAAAAGCUAGAAUGAAAAUGUCUCUCACUUCCCCAGUGGCUUUAGACAUUCUGCCCCUGAAGAUACAUCCGUUUACUCAGAGCGCCCCAAUGGGUCUGGAUUGUGUAGACUGGAAGCAACGCGUCCCCUUUCCUGUGAUCACUGAUGGAGCGUUGGACAAGACAGCGCUUACGGAUGAGGUGGGAAGCGAGGAGGAUCUGUAUGAGGACUUCCGGAGUUCCAAUCACCAUUACGGCCAUCCGGGAGGUGGAGGAGAGCAGCUGGCCAUCAAUGAGCUGAUCAGUGAUGGCAGUGUGGUGUAUGCAGAGGCCCUGUGGGAUCAUGUCACCAUGGAUGACCAAGAACUGGGAUUCAAAGCCGGAGAUGUCAUCGAAGUAAUGGAUGCAACCAACAAAGAGUGGUGGUGGGGAAGGAUCCUGGACAGCGAGGGCUGGUUUCCUGCCAGCUUUGUACGACUCCGAGUGAAUCAGGAUGAGCCCAUGGAAGAUUACCCUACCAAGGUAGAAGACGGCAAAGAGGAGGACGCCAGCAGUACAGCUCGCCAUCAAGGCAUGGUCCAGUCAAACAAAGACCAGAUGAGAACCAAUGUGAUCAACGAGAUCAUCAGCACAGAGAAGGACUACAUCAAGCACCUAAAGGAUAUCUGUGAGGGUUAUAUAAAACAGUGCCGUAAAAGGGCAGACAUGUUUACAGAGGAACAGCUAAGGACAAUUUUUGGCAACAUUGAGGAUAUCUACAAAUGCCAGAAGAAAUUUGUAAAAGCUCUGGAGAAGAAAUUCAACAAGGACUACCCUCACUUGAGUGAAGUUGGCUCCUGCUUUUUGGAAUAUGAAACGGAUUUUCAGAUCUACUCCGAAUACUGCAAUAACCACCCCAACGCCUGCACGGAGCUUUCUAAACUCACCAAAGUGAAUAAGUACGUCUAUUUCUUUGAAGCCUGCCGGUUGCUGCAGAAGAUGAUUGACAUCUCCCUGGACGGAUUCCUGCUGACUCCGGUGCAGAAAAUCUGCAAGUACCCAUUGCAGCUGGCCGAACUCCUCAAGUACACCAACCCCCAGCACAGGGAUUUUAAAGAUGUCGAAGCUGCCUUAAAUGCUAUGAAGAACGUAGCCCGACUCAUCAAUGAGCGGAAGAGGAGGCUGGAAAACAUAGACAAGAUUGCACAGUGGCAGAGUUCCAUAGAGGACUGGGAGGGUGAAGAUGUCCUGGUCAGAAGUUCUGAACUCAUCCACUCUGGAGAAUUAACCAAAAUCUCCCAGCCGCAAGUCAAGAGCCAACAAAGGAUGUUCUUUCUCUUUGACCACCAGCUUGUCUACUGUAAAAAGGACCUUCUCCGGCGUGACAUCUUGUACUACAAGGGCCGGAUAAACAUGGAUGCCAUGGAAAUAGUGGACUUGGAAGAUGGGAAAGACAAGGACUUUAACGUCAGUGUAAAAAACGCCUUCAAGCUGCACUGCAGUGACACGGAGGAGAUCCACCUAUUCUGUGCGAAGAAGCCCGAACAGAAACAGCGUUGGCUCAAGGCCUUUGAGAAUGAGAGGAAACAGGUCCAGCUUGACCAGGAGACAGGAUUUUCCAUCACUGAAGUACAGAAGAAACAGGCAAUGUUGAACGCUAAUAAACAGCAGCACACUGGAAAGCCUAAAGCUGUCAACAGGCCAUACUACGACUUCCUGAUGCGUCAGAAGCAUCCCACCCUGCCGACCAACCUCCCUCAGCAGCAGGUCUUCAUGCUGGCUGAACCCGCGCAAGCCCUCGAACUUCUGGCAGAACAUCAGCAGGCUGACCCCCUUUCGCAAAUGAAAGGGCAGCUCCCCAUGUGUGUGUGUGUGUGCCUCAGUCUCUCACGAGAAAGCACUUUAUUUAUCGGACCCAACGAGACUCAUCACCGGCUCCUCCAGGCCCCCGGAGGCAGGAGGCGAUUCCCCUGUCCACUUCUCCCUUUCCUAUUUAUUAUUUUGCAGACUCACCUGAAACGAAGAAGUGGAAGGGAAGCUCGGGGUUGUUGGGCUUUGUUUUCGCUUUGUUUCUCGUGUCCAUUGACACGAGCCGGGUGGGGGGGCCAUCAAGGAAACCCACCCAAGUUCUUGCCCCCCAUUCUGAACUCUGGGGCUGCUUGACAGGGGUUUGUCUCACUCCCAGUGGCAUCUUGACCCCAGGUGUGGACGCAGGGGCUGCCUGUGGCAGGCAAAGCAACUCUGACUUUCAAUUCCACGCGACUGCCAUCUUUGACGAUCCCUGUUGGUUCCAGAGAACACCUGUCCGGCAAAUAUUUCCUGAGCAUGCUCGGAAAAGUUCCUUGUUGCUGAUGCUGUGCCCUGGGUUUUUUUUGUUUUUUGUUUUACUCCUAUUUCGUUUUAGAGGCAGGCCACCACCCUCUCCCGGCUUCCUCUGAUGUUUCUUACAGGUUUAGCUUUAUAGUUUGGCCUUCAGUGGUGUUCAGAGACAAGGCUUCUGAGUGUUUCACUGGCCUCUUAUUUUUCUUUAACAAUGGGGACAAACCCUAAUACGUUGAAUGGUGCCAAUCAACUCCCGCAUGAGUAAAGUGCAAGAAACUUGCCAUCUAAUUUCUGUUUUCCUUCUUUGCAUAUGUAAAUUAGAAAGCAAAAAUAAUGUGCCUAAAUGAAUACUGUAUCCAACUGUUUCUACUCCUUCUCUUCCCACUCCUCAUCUGCUACAUUCCUGGCCAAUGAAAAUCUUAUCAUCAUUUGUAAUGUGUUUAUUUAUGGUCAAAAGAAAAAUAGAGUUAACUAUGUAUUUUGUAAGAGUUUGUAAUCUGUCCUGUCAGAUGUUGUUAACUUUGAUGCCUGUUUCUGUUGGUCUGUUUUUUAACAAAGGAGAAAAAGAAGAAUUCAAUUAAUCCUUGGUUAGUAAUGAAGAAAGAUUUGCCUUACAAUAGUGAGAGUUAGAAGCCAUAAUGACUGAAUUCUGUAGUUUAGGAAAAGUUUGGUAAAUCGGGGACUAGACAUUAAAAACAAAAAGUCUCCCGGAAAGCGGGUUUACUGUGAGUAAGCAGUUCAAUGUCUGUGGAGUUCAACUCUCCAGCAUUGAUGGAUGGUCCAGUUGACCCAAUCUGAUAACCACUCUGGUUAUCCUGGGAUGCCUGAAUUCAGUAGCAUGUAAAAAGUCAUUCUUGCACUAUACCUUUCUCCAAGCCAGAGGCUACACUUAAUUUUCAUAAAGAAACUUGUAAAAGUGA